CUUUCGUAAAACUUAAAAAAACUCCCGCAUUUCCUCCGCCGCAGAGUGCGCCUGUGGCUCUCUCCUUCGUUUGAUUCUUGCGUCGAGCUCUGCUGCGAAGGAGAAGGAAAAGGGCGGGCGAGGUCGAGAUGCGGGAGAAUGGCUUACGCCACGGUCUCGUCUCCCGCUCUCUUCCCCUUCUUCGUCCGCCGCAGCCCUAACCCUACUACCCCCCUCUCCCCCUCCCCCUUCGCUCUCCCGAGGAGAGCUCGCCCUCUCCUCCCCCCUCUCCGUCCGCCAUUAGAGCACAAGAGGGGCCCCCGCGCCCUAGGGUUCGCCGUCUCCGCGGCGAGGGGGAGGAGGGCGAGGGCCGCGGAGGAUGCGUUCGGGGAUUUGGAGGCGGAGAUCUACGAGUUCAUGCGGCGGUCGCCGAAGCCCAACGAUUUCCCCACCCGCGCGGAGCUGGUCGCCUCGGGGCGCGCGGAUCUCGCCGACGCCGUCGCCGCGCAGGGGGGGUGGCUCGCCCUCGGGUGGGACGUCGACGAGGGGGCGAAGGAGACCAAUGGCGGUGCGAGUGCGAGUUCCGCGUCGGGCGAGCCGGAGAAAGGGCUCUCUCGAGAUGAUUCUAGGGUUUUGCAGCAGCGGCUUUCGUGUAGUAGUUCGGAUUUUUCGGAGGCUUCCUCUUCUGGGAGAUCACUGGAAAGGGAGGAGGAUGCCGAGGAUAGCGGGAUUGAGGGGAUACUGAGUAGAUUGGAGAAAGAGAGGAACUGGUCGUAUGCUGUGAGUUCUGAAGGGAGAGGAAGGAACGGUCGAACCUUGCGGAGUCAUGGGGUUCUUGAUCCGGGAGACACAGAUGCAGUUUUAAUCAACGACAAAAUCACAGUUGAUAGAAGUGAGAUAGGAAGUAAUGGUAUAUUACGAGAUUUUGAAAAGAAACUUUUGUAUGAUUAUGGGGGUACUCAUUCGCAAUAUGGAACACUAACAGAUGUCAAUAACACGAGAAAUUUAACUUCUAGCAUGUGGAGAAAAUGGAGCACACGAAGGGCAGGAUUUCCUGAUACUGACUUUCAAGCUGCUGAAAUUGUUCCAAAUGGUGACAGAAAGAUUGUUGAAAAUGGUUCGCUAAGUGAUGUUUCACUUGAUGGCGAGAUGCAUCGACCAAGCAAGAGUGUGGUUGGAAUUGGUAAGGCAAGCAGUAAUUUGUACUCUGAGCAAAAUCAGAUACGUAUGCGUCUUCAGCAUUUGGAAUCAGAUCUUACCUCGGCACUUCAAUCAUUAAGAUCGAAAGCUAAUAGUCUUCUAUCACAUGAGGGCAAAGAAAAUUCGUUGGACGAGCUGCAUAGGCUCUCCGAUGCUUGGGAGUUCCAAGAGACUGAGAUAAUGCAUGCUCGAGAUCAGCUACGGUCUAUUCGUGCCAAAUUGGCAGUACUUGAAGGAAAAAUGGCACUUCAGAUGAUUGAAGCACAAAAGGUGAUAGAAGAGAGGCAGAAGAAGCUUGAUGCUGCUCAGAAGGCUUUACACUUUCUUCGUACAGCUUGCAUUGUGUGGCCUAAUCCUGCCUCGGAGGUUUUUUUGGCUGGAUCUUUUGAUGGAUGGACAAGUCAGAGAAGGAUGGAGAAGUCAAGAACAGGCAUCUUUCUGUUGUAUCUGAAGUUGUAUCCUGGGCGAUAUGAGAUAAAGUUUAUUGUUGAUGGUACCUGGAAAAUAGACCCGCUGCUUCCCACUGUGAAUAAUAACGGCAAUGAGAAUAACCUCCUAAUCGUUCCUUAACUCCAAGUUUGCCGACCUUGUAUGCAGUUUUGUAGACUCUUGUAGAUGAUAGUGUGACUAACACAACAUUGAUAAUCUGAUGUUUUCUUUCAUAACAGCAGCAUUAGAUUUGUGAAUUCUUAGUAGAACUCAUUUAAUUUUUAGUACAAUAGGGUGGUAGUCGUAUUUGGAUAUAUCUUCUUACAAAGAGCACUGAUGUGUGAUACUGUAGUCGCAACAUGUACUCUGUAAAACAAUUUUUCGUCUGAGGUAUAAGCAUCAGAAAUUCCUAUAUU